GGAAGCCAACCGCCGGCCGGAAUGAAGAUUAACGAUCCGGGCAUUGCCGAGAAGCCUUCGUCCGGAGGUGGGUCCACCUCGUCGUCCCCUCGUAUGACUUUCUCCGGUUUCGAAGAGCCUUACAGGUUGUGCGUGGUCCUGGAUAUGGACUGCUUCUUUGCGGCAGCAGAGCUUAGAGACCGGGAACCAGCACUGAAGGAGCAACCAGUAGCAAUCGUGGACCUCGGCGCAGUGUGCACCGCAAACUACGUAGCCAGACGCUAUGGUGUGGGGGUGAUGCCUAUGGCUAGUCUGAAAUUCGACAAACGAUGAUGGAAAAGAGAAUGCCUAGAAUUUUACUGUAAACGUCGUAGAUGGAGAGAGUGACGUCGUUGACUGUUGCUAGAAUUUUUAGUGUACCGCUAAUAUGUGGGUUCAAUACGCGCGUGCAUUAUGCCAGAGACAGCGGGUGAAUCUAGUGGAACUCAGAUGUGACUACGCAAAGUAUGGUGAGGCUAGCAAGGACGUCCAGCGGGUUUUGCGUCGAGACUUCGGCAUUCCUAAAGCGGCUGUGGCGGUACCUUCGAUGGACGAGAUGUUCUUAGACCUCACUGACGUGGUUCGGCUAUGGCUAAUUUUUCAAUGUCAUCAUACUAAUUGAAAGUUAUUACUCACUUAAUUUGUUUCGCGCGCUUCCUACGACUGCAAAUUGACACUGUAUGUGAGCAUCGAUGAUGCGAAGUAAAGUUGCAGUUGUGCGUAAGAUGUAAUACCUGUUCAGUUGUGCCUCUUUCAAUGAAAAACAAGGUUGUUCUAAGUAAAGGUGGAAUCCUGAAAUCCGUUCGCGAUGGGUCUGCUUCGAGGAUCGACCAGGAUGAUCUGGAGGAGGUUGAGUGGCGUACUGUUUCGGCAUUGGUGGCCCAGAUUCGUGC